GAGGGAGGAGGAAGAGGAAGAGGAAGGUUCUCAAGAGGGGAACGAUAGUGAGAAUACAUUUACUCAUCGAGAGCGUCAUGGAUGGGGACAGAUGUUGAAUCCAGUGCAGCACGACGUGGGCGGAAGGGACAGUCCUGGUGAGGAGCACUACGAAGAUUUGGAGGAACACGAUGAGGGGUGGUAUGGGGACGAGCCGCAGAAGGAAACCGGUGAGGGAUCUAUGCAGGAGAGGAGAAAGCAGGAAAGAAGAAGAAGUCGAGAAGAGGGGAGAAGAGAAGAGAUAACACCUUCCUUGACCCCCGCGGCGGUUAGUGAGAAGAAGAGGAAAGCGAGGCAAGAUAGGAAAAAAAACAUACACCAAAAGAGAGGCAAGAGACAAGUGCUGUCAAUGCCAAUGGACGAGGCAGUCCAACGUGAACGUGACGCUGCAGCUGCUGAGAGACAAAAGCCGGAACGGAGAAAGAAAGCAGCAAAGGGUGGUACGAUGGCGAAGACGAUGAUUUUUCCUCCCUAUGAACAACCGCAGUCCGGCGACGAGGCGAAAGGCAAGACAGCGACCAGGCCGUCUACGUUGCAACUGCCAUCAACUGAGCCUGUGACGUCGCAUCUCGGGAAAGGGUACUUUCUGGGCUUCGAUGCUGACGGUACCCAGAAGAGCACGACGCAGUUCAUCACGGUCGAUCUCGAACAGAUUUUGGAUCUUCCUGAUGACAAAUAUAGGUAUAAUCAAAGAUUUCUGGACGAGAAUCUUGUCGACGAUAUUUACCAAGUGAUGGUCACAUCAGGCGAAGCGACUAUUCGUGAAAGAAAAACAGGCGGCGUGGGCUUGGCUACAUGUCCGCUUGCGGCAUGGUCCGACGCCCUUGGUCCUUACAUGACCUUGGCUAGGGCAUCGACCUAUGUGUACGAUGCUGUGAUGAACGUUUACGCGGCUUGGGAACGCGGCCAUCUGCCGAGAAGAGACGUUGUGAAGCCUGCCACCAAACUGGGUGAAGCAGGGAAAGCUCAGAAGCCAGGUCCCGGUUACGAGUUGAAGGGUGGAUCCAGAAUUCCACUGCAUUGGAUACAGGGUACAAAAGGCCGAGGUUACCUCGUUCCGGUCCAUGAUCCCUAUAUUAGAUCAUGGAAAUCACUCUCCAAUUUGGGGAGGCGUGAGCGGCUGCAGCUCUUGCACGAUGUGUUGGGAGGUGAGGUUAUAUUGACUCCUAAACAAAGCAAAGCUGCAAAAGAUGCUGGGCUGCAUUCGAUGGAAUCAUAUGGUGAAGUUGUGAAGAUGGAGAGAGCAAUGUUGAGAAUGUUCCACUACUUCGUCUUCAUUUUAGAUGCAGCGAAGAAGCCAUCUGAUUGGCGAGAACCUUUCUUCAUGGACCUCGCGGAAGUAUUCGAGAAAUAUCGCGAUCACGGCCUUACCUACGAGAGAUGGGUUGAUCAGAGGCAACAUUUCAAGGAUAUGCAAUGGAUAAAAUCAUUUCCUCCAAUGCUGGGCGGCGAUGAUGAGAAAGGGGAGCGAGGUUUUGAGAAGACCAAAUAUGUGGCCAAGUGGACCGAGGCGGUUUUUGAGGCACUCUGGAGGUUUAUGGAAACGGUGGGAGGGGAGUAUUGGACAUUGGUAUGCUUCAUUCCCCGGUCGUGCGAGAUGACGUUUUUGAGGCGGGUCGUGCAAUGGGAUAUUCACAUGUCCAUCGCCAAGUGGACUCGGCAACAACAACAGAAGGUUCGGCAUCCCUAUAAAGUUGCAAAUUUGCCAAUGGAGGACACAAACAGGAUGGUGGUCAUUAUAUACUCCAAUGAUGGGGACUAUCAUCGCAACACAAUUCUUUUGUUUGAAGAUAUCCAACUAGCACAACCAUCUUCUAGUUCACAAGCAAUUGACACUUUGACACUUGCGAGGCGGGAGCGAAAACCGAAGUUGCUGACGGACGUAGCAGAGAAAAAAUUUCAGCCAACGAAGCAUAAAAGUGCGGAUAAAGCUGUAAUGUUUCUGGGGAAGGGUCAUGCGGCUUUGGUGUGGGAGCUAUUGAAAAGCCAUCGCCAUUGCAUUGUCUUAGAAGGAGAGGACAUGAAGUUUGACUUCCUUGUGCAAUUUGUGAACACGAUGGUCGACACUCGAGAGUAUCAAGCAAAAUUCGUGAAGCCACCACCUCGCCAUGACGAAGCUCGUGAUUUCGUGCACAAGGUCGGUAAAAAUAUGACAAAUAUCUGGGAGUUCCUUUUUGAGAUGUCGUCGGAAAACAGGGGAGACCGUACAUAUAAUACUCGCAGGCGGAUAGUUGAGGCCCUUCUACGAGGUUAUCACAAAGUUUCUUCCGACAAAGAAAUUGUGUUCCUCGACAGGUUGGAAGUCAUGUACUUUGAUGCACAAAUCGGUGCUUUCACGGUUGCUGCCUACGCGACUUGCUUUCCAGAGAGGGAACACUUGAAUGCUGAUGACUCUGAAGAGGAAAGUGUCGAUGGUACUUUGCAAGCGGGUCUGGCAAGUGAAAGGCAAAAGGUCACUCCCUCUUCUUCUCAGAAGAUGGUUACAGCAGGGACGUCAUCAAGGACUCCUUCAAUUGGUACUUCUGGUGUCGUGCCUGCCGGUGGGAUGACUCUUCCAGUAGGUACACCUCCUGCCGGCACCGCUCAUUUGGCAGCAGGAAUGUCAUCAUCUGCGGGAAUGGUGUCCGAUCCAGCAGCGGUCUUCAGAGUUUUGUUCGGCGCUGAUGCCUCUCCCGAGUUAAUAUCAAGUUUCCAAGGAUUAGCACAAAUCCCUGCUUUGUUGCAACAACUUCUUUCUCAAACCACACAAGCAGCACAUGCGAAGGAGUUGGAGUACGAGUAUGAGAUCGGGAAUACGAUCCCUGCGGACGUCGCCCAAUUGGUGGGGCCUAUCGUUUGUCGAGAUGACCAUACGAGGAUGGAAGCUGAUAAGUGGGGUCACGACGUCGUGUGGCAUCCAAGACAUUAUCAACCUGCAUUGGCGAAAGGAAAAUGGGUGAUGGCAAUCAAAGAAGAUGGGCAGUGGCAAUUUUGCUCCCACCGGGGUAUGGCACAAUCACGAUUUUAUGCACAUGAAGAAAAUCAGAUUAGGCAGCGGCUUGCUCGACUCAAUCCAAAUGUUUCUCCAUCGAGAGUGGACAUAAGGACGAACGAGGUUUUUCAGGAGCUCAAGGCAUUGCGAAGACUUGAGUACUUGGAAGAAUUUUAUGACAGACAAACAAGCCCGGCAUUUGGAUAUAACUGGCGCAUUGAUGAUGCCGACGAGACCGGUGGGAAAAGGGGACAAGGCCCUAGCGGUGGAGCAAGUGGAGAGGGAGGUGAACACCCAAGUGGUGACGAGGGCGGAGGUGACGAGGGACGAUGUGAUAAGGGAGGGAGUGGUGAGGGUGAAGGAACAUCAGAAGCGCCUAGGUAUAGUCAUCUAACAACAGGCACAUCAGAAGGGCAAGCCCAUCGUCACCAUGAGGGAAGCGCCAGUGGUGUAGGAGGGCACAUCGACAUUCGUGGUUUGCCGCAGGUCACGCUGUCUACUGCAGUGGAACAGGUUGACGAAGAAUGUGAAGGUGGGCAAAGUGUGACCACAACACUCACAGGUAUCACUGUGACAGAUAAUGAAUGGUGUGAUGGCAGUGGCGCAAGUGUCUUCCCCGUUGGCGAGAAGGGCGAUAUUGGUAGCCCACAAGGCCAUAUGUGGAUGUCUAUGGAUAUUUUGCCAUAUGGGUUGGGAAGCCAAGGGCGGCUGAGGGCAUUAUUGGAUGAAACUAUGUAUCUGGCGGAAACGGAACAGCAACUCGAGGCUCACACUCCACUUGAUUAAGAAACACUCAGAGGCGACUUAGAAAUUCCUGCAGAAUUUCAAAG